UCAUUUUAGUGACUGACAUCCAAAGAGCAAUAUGCUUUCUUCCACAGCAUGCUUCACCUUCAUCUUUCUCCUCUGCCAGCUCACAGGGCCAGCAGCCUGUGGAGUACUGAAAAAGCUAGUUGGUGCCCUUGGUGGGUCUGUGAAUUUCCCACUGAAUCUCUCAGCAGAUCCAAUUGACAGCAUUAUCUGGGUCUUCAACACAACCACUCUUGUCACCAUACAGCCAACGUUGGCAGACAAAAAAGCCCUUAUCAUAGUGACCCAACAUCGUAACAAGGAAAGGGUGAAUUUCCCACAUGAAGGCUACUCCCUGAAGCUCAGCAAACUGAAGAAGAAUGACUCAGGUGUCUACCGUGUGGAGAUACACAGCUCAACCCUCCAGGAUCCCCUAACCCAGGAGUAUGAGCUGCGUGUCUAUGAGCACCUGUCAAAGCCCAAAGUCAUCAUAGGUCUGCAGAACAAUAAGAAUGGCACAUGUAUAACCAAUCUGACAUGUUCCAUGGAACAGGGAGGAGAGGAUGUAACUUACAGCUGGAAGUCCCUGGGACAGGUGACCAAUGAGUCCCAUAGUGGCUCCACCCUCCCCAUAUCCUGGAGGCAGGAGAAAAGUGAUAUGACCUUCAUCUGCAUGGCCAGAAACCCCAUCAGCAGCAACUCCUCAAACCCCAUCUUUGCCUGGAAGCUCUGUGAAGGUGCUGCUGGUGGCCUGGCUACCACUGUGAUCCUCAAACUCCUGUUGUCACUCACCCUGCUCUGUUUCAUUGCACUGGUGCUAAUUAUUUUGAUCAUACGAAGAGAAAGAAGAAAAGAGUCCAUUGAAGAGAAGAAGGGACUGAACCUUCAUCCAGAAACUCUUAACUACUCCCCCACUUUUGGAGAGGCCUCGGAGUAUGACACAAUCUCUUACUUAAAUAGCACUGUACCAGAGGAAAAUGCAGUAAAUACACUUUAUUCCACUGUGCAAAUACCCCCAAAGCAGGUGGAGAAAUCCCACUCACUGCCCACGUUGCCAGACACACCAAGGAAAUUUACCCAUGAGAAUGUCAACUAAGCAGCCAUGUGCUCCAAAGAAAAUGGUCAAAAGAUUUCACUGACUUAAUCAAAAACAUCAAGGAAGAAUGAAGGACACUGACUUCCUUCCAGAAUAAAGUAUCCCUUAGGCUCCUACAGACUUAAGAGUUCCCAAUCUGGGAAUUUCCUGGUGGUCCAGUGGUUAAGACUCUGUGCUGUCACUGCUGAGGUCCGGGGUUCAAUCCCUGGUUGGGGAACUAAAAUCCCACAAGCAGUGUGGUGAGGCCAAAAAAAAAAAAGAGAGAGAGAGAGAGCUCUUCAUCCUACCCACUGCUGAGAAAUCUCUUCGAAUCCAGAAUCCCUCCUGGAAAUGUGAUUGGGAAUUUAUCAGCCAACUCAAAGCAAGGGCUUAGAAGCAUCUCUGUUGAAAUGUAAAUGCGGUUUCACACAUUUGAAUGACAGCUCCCCUUCCAGGGUUUGGAGAUGAGGAAUAUACCAAGGGUUAGGUUGCCAAGAGGGCAAGAACUUCGGAUCAGCCAGCUGAUGUUCCCCGCAGAAGCAGAAGACAGCAGUCAGAAAUGGAUUUAUUUACUGACUCAUCAACGACGUGCCUGGCACUGCGCUGAGCUAACUGUGAUUUUCAUCAGAUGUGCUCUCUGUUCUCCUGAAACCGACCCUUCAUGAAUUAUUUCCGUGGGCAGUGGCAUCAGGCCUGACCACGGAUUCCCAACACCCAGGGGGUCAGGUGUGGAUUCACAGGACUUGGGAGUCAAAGAACACAAGGACAGAGAAGCCAGGUAGAAGACCAGGUAGAAGCCAAGUGAAAACUCAGAAGUGUGAUUGACCACUGCCCCAGCUUCAUUUACACUUUUGUGCUACAAGGGAGAAACCCAGGCCUUAGGCCUAUGUAGGAGCCCAUCUCAGUGGAAGAACUGCCCUGAAGACAUACUUUCAAUCUAUUUAUAGGAGACUUGCAAACAUUUAAAGUUGUUUAAUUCAAUCAAUGAAUAUUUAUUAGGAACCUCUGUUA